AUGACUUCGCAAUCUACCACCCAAGACACUGCACCAGAUGAAAAAGUUCCAACCCCUCCCACAGCACCUCUUCGCAGCCCCCCGCCCCCCGAUGGCGGCCUCAUAGCAUGGCUCCAAGUAGCCGCCGGCUUCGUCCUCUUCUUCAACACCUGGGGCAUGAUCAACACAUUCGCCAUGUUUCAAACCUACUACGAGAGCGGCGCCCUCUUCCAGGCCUCCUCCUCCAACAAGCACCCUCAUCCUCUUCCUCGCCAACGCCAUCCUCAUCUUCUACAUCUCCUUCUACCCAUCCAACCGCCACUUCACCUCCCCCUCCCUAUCCUUCUACAUGGUCGCGAUCUUCAACACCGGCUCCUUCUUCGGCCGCAUCGCUCCUAA